UCGAUCUUCCAUCACUCUGACACGAGAUUAAAUUUGAUUUCAUAACACGCAAAGCAAAAGUGUAAAAAUUUAGUUUCUCCAGCAAAAGUUCAGAGUCAGCCAAGCUAAAAAACCCAUUCACCAAAAUCUUCAUCACAACAACAACCAAAAAAUGAGUGCCCUCGCCAAGCUGUUCCGUGCGCCGGCCGUAUCCACCGGCAUCCGCUCAAUCUGCACCGGCGCUGCCCGGUUCGACAUUUUCAAAAUCCAGAGCCCACAAGAGUUUGACGAGAAGGUGAAAAACAGCAAGGAUCCGAUCAUCGUGGACUUUUUUGCAACCUGGUGCGGUCCCUGCCGGAUGUUGACCCCGCGAAUCGAGUCCGUCAUCGGCGAGCAGAAGGGAAAGGUCAAGCUGGCCAAGGUCGACAUUGACGAGCACAGCGACCUGGCCCUCGAUUACGAAGUGGCCUCGGUUCCGGUGCUGCUGGCCAUUCGCAACGGAAAGGUCGAACAGCGCUUGGUUGGCCUGCAGGACACUGAUAAGCUCCGGAACUGGGUGGAGAAUGUCGUCAAGGAGGGCAAAUAAACUCCCGGACAGCGAUUUUCUGGGAUAGAACAAUGUUUUGUGUUAAUCUGUGCAGAUAGUUAAAUUCUGUGGCAGCCAGUGUUAAAAUAGAGAGAAAGAGCUUAGAAUGCAA